GUUCAGCUGUAGUCAUGGCGGAGGAGAAUGCCCCACAGCUUGUGGAUUAUUUUGUAGUGGCCGGUCUGACUGACACCUCCAAACCCCUGGAGGAGGGCACUUCGAAACUGGCACGGCCCGUUGAACCCAUCGCUGACGUGGCUAUCAUCAUCCGCUCGCAGGGGGAGGAGGUACCUGAGGGCUUUACCUGCAUCGAGACCACUCCCAGCGGCCAGUCUGCUGACCUCAACUGUGGCCUCCUCAGCACCUCACACAUGUUCCUGUGUUACAGGCGGGGCCGAGAGAAGUUACCCCUCAUUGACCUCGGGGUCCUGUGCGAGGGCAAAGAGAGAUUGAAGCCAGGAUGCAACAUCAUUGAGACCACACCUUACAGCCGGGCGGCUCACAUCAGCGGCGGGGGAACGAGCCUUCAGCAUCGUACCUUCAUCACGUACCGCAGGGCCACAGAGUGCCAGGCAUUCAGCACGCUGGCCGUCACUGACAUCUGUAUCAUCAUGCCGAGCAAGGGCGAGGUCCCCCCACACACCUUUUGCAAAGUGGACAAGAAUCUCAACGCUGGUGUGUGGGGUCCAGGAAUCUAUCUGUGCUACAAGAAGUCCAUGGCAAAGGGGACAGCCCUGGCGUACGAAGCUGGUUUGAUCAGCCGAUACCCGGAGACUGAUAGUGAGCCGUUUCCCCUGCCUCACACUGUGCCAGUCUUCUGUCUGCCAAUGGGAGCUACCAUUGAAAGCUGGCCAGCACAGACCAAGUACCAGCUGCCUGUCUUUUCAACCUUUGUACUGACAGCUGGCACAGGGGAGAAG